AUGUCCAUGAUGGAACCCACCUGGUCCCAACAUAUAUGCGAAUAUGGGCUGCAGCCCGUAGAGCGUCAGUCCAAGAGGCGAGAUGCAGCCCCAGUUCGGAGGACAAUGAAUAGCGGCCUUUGCCGCGGGAUCGCCCACCUCCGUGUCCAAUCAAUGUCAACCGAAGUUCGUGCCGCCACAUUCAAGUUAACGAUCACCGCGACGAUGCAGGCGGUUCCUGUUCCUCAGCUGCCAAUCUCUAAGAACGAAGAGGUAGUUCUAGUCAACGCACUAAUAACAGGUCGCCUGCAAGGCUUAUCGGAUCGACAAGUGAUACAGAGUAGUCUCCACAUGACAAACAAUCGGCCUGCUGAGCAAUGGGCUACCCAUUUCCACCAGAACCAUGCCCGUCUCGAUGCAGAGGUCUCUCAAUGGAGCAAAAAUUUGCCGAACGGUCCUGCUCGGUCAACAAAAGCACGACGUUCUUCUACGCCAUAUAGUCGUACUAUGCCACCACCACCCUUAAGUCGGCGCACUCGUACUCCAACGCCAAUUUUUCGCCCAAUUUCCACUCGGUCUCUUGAUCGUCAGACCGAGCCUGAAGCUUCACCUGCACCUAGCACCAUUCUAGAGGAGUCAGCGCCUUCACGUUCUCGAGCCAAGGAAAUAUACACAGAUCAAGACAGCCAAUACAUGCUUGAGUGUUUUGCGCUGGAAUUACAGCGUAAUCCCCGCAGGACUCUCAACCAAAUAUGUGAAAGGUUAGCUGUGGAUCACUGGGCUGCUGAAUCCAUAAAGGUCAAUCAGCUCCUCGAGAGAGAACGAAAGAAGGCCUUGCAGCAUCGUGGAGAUCUGGAGCCGGAUGACAGUGUUAGGGGCGGCUCUGAGGACGAGGAAGACAACAGUGAAUGA